AUGGUCCUUCAACGUCGUGAAUUGGUUCUAGCGGGCGUCGGUGGAUUCAUCGCCUGGGGCCUGGUAGUACGCUGGUUGCCGAUCCUUCGAUAUCUCGGAUAUGCUCUGACCUUCGGGGCCGCCUUGGCCACGGCUGGUUUGCUCGGCCUGGUUAUUUUGACAACCCGAAGCAGGAAUGAUAAGAGUAAAAACUCAAAGGAGGUCUCGGUCGCCUUUAUCACUCCGGGUCACUGGCGAAAAGAGGUGUUGAAUGCUCGCAAAAUCGCUCGAUAUCGUCCCAGACCGCUAUACCCGCAAUCCUUCGUCGUGUCGGAGGCAAUCGAUGAACUCUUGUCACUGGUGAAUCGCCAAUUCGUUACCUCGUGGUAUCACAAUAUCACUCCGAAUCCUGCUUUUGCGAACGAUAUCGAUCGAGUCACACGAGUGGCUUUGGAUAAUCUACGAGACAAACUGUUGGCAGAGGACGUGAUUUCGCUUAUUGUGUCGCGCAUCUUUCCGAUUUUGACAGCCCAUUUACGCGAGUUUGACGUUGCUGAGCGUUCGGUGCGCGGAAAGAAUCUCAAUCGAAAUGUGACAGAAUCUGAAGAGCUCGAUCUGGCUAUUGCCAACAAGUUUCGCGAUGGUCGGCUGCACCCCGCGGUAGCGCUUUCAGCCUCUGACCAGAAGGUCGUGCAGCAGGAGUACCUGCGCAAGAUUGCCGUGGGACUGCUUCCUCAGCUUUUCCCCGAGAGUGUGCUCAAGAGCAGGAUUGUAUCCGUGUUGAUUAGAGAAAUCAUAGCAUGUGCAAUUCUGUUUCCAGUUGUGAACGCGCUCUCAGACCCCGAUACAUGGAAUCAAUUGAUGGAAGCAUAUGGGCGGACGGCUCUGCAGGAUCGAAAAACCGUGCGCAAAUUGCGAGCUGCUCUAGACGAGCAUGCAUCCCCUGCACCAAAGUCUAAACGAGCACAAUCUUUCCCAAAGCUGGCGCCUCAUGAUACUGAACGUGCCUUUGAGCGGUUUGUCCGGACCAUCAGACGUUGCAAUAAUCUUUCUGAUGCUCGUCGAUUCCGUGCUCUCGUGACCAGCCAACUGAAGCGGGAGAGUAUGAUCGAAGGACAGGACCAGGUCUAUCUUCGCCGGCUGGAAACGGGGAAACGAGUCUUGGAUCAAAAGGUUGCCAAGCUCUCCUUACAUGGCGAGACUGCUACAUUGCCUCCUGCGCAGGUCCAAGCUCGCCGGGACAGCGUUCCUGCUCCUCAGGAGACAUCGCUUGUGGAAGUCAUGCACAAUGCGUCUGGGCUAUCGUACUUUAUGGAGUUCAUGGAUCGUCAAGGCCUCAUGUCUCUCGUUCAAUACUGGAUCGUGGUAGAUGGUUUCCGCAACCCCCUGGAGGAUAGCCUCGGCGACGAGACCUCAUCCGGUACUGUAACAUGGACCUCUGCAGACAGGAAUGACCUGGCGCUUCUGAGCGAGACCUAUCUCACCAAAGCCGAGCUCAAGGUUUCUGAAGAAUCUCGCCGCGCGGUCAAAAGUUUCUUGAGUGCUGGAAAGCGUGCAACUCCCGAGCAAUACCGCAAGGCUCGAACGGUCGUCUUGACUACGCAGUCGGCUGUAUUGGAGGAGCUAGAGUCAACCUACUACCCAAAGUUCAAAGAGUCGGAUCUCUAUUGGAAGUAUCUCGCCUCAGACGAGGCUUCGGGUGCUCAACCAGCUCCUCGUCAGGCCUCGCCAACGGUGACCUUUGAGGCCCCCGAAAGACGACCCCUGCCGCCGCUCAUCGUACGAACCAGCUCGCAGCCUGGGACUAAGCCACCAAAGGAUCUCCGACGAGCUGCAGUGUCAUCAAGUGACGUGCGCAGCAUGGGUAAACUAUUCGAUGAUGAUGACUCACCGAGACGAUCAAUUGACUCGGAACGAUCUGCACCUUUAUUUGACGACGAUUACGACACUGAUAACCUUGCCAUGUCUACAGCCAGUCUGGGCAAGGAUUCGCAGAAUGGGGAGAGUGAAGCCACUCAAAGCAAGGUCCUGGAGACCAUGGAAGCAGCUUUGAAUGAUAUUAUUACCAACGAGCCGAAAAACGGCAAGGUGGAUGAUCUACGGAAUAGUGACCUGAGAAGUAGUGAUGGUGUCUCCUCAUCGUCCCUGUUUGGCGCAGAGCGCCCCGAAAUGGCAGGGCAGACUCCGUCUGAUGGUCUGCGCCAGGACAGCCGUCUUCCUACGGAGAAGACCAAGAAGAGCAUCGCCUCGCUAGGCCUGGUCAAUGAUGGAUCACGUCUUGGCGUCUUUGAAGACGACCUCUUCACAGACCAACAAAAGUUCAUCGAAGAUGAGUACGAGGAACCCGUCGGGGACGAUGAAAAGGACCCUGCAGAUGAGGUCCACGAAGCUGCACCCGGCGAUCUCGGUUUGACAGAAGCGAUCGAAGUUCUCACCGCCGAUAUCGACAAGCUCACCACACAAGACUCCGUCGUUGAAGCGCUCACCCGCAAAGCGGAGUUGACCAAUAACACAGCUGAGCUGCGCAUCUUACGCAAGUCCAAGGCCAGCAUUCAGCGUGAAAUCCAUCGAAAAGAGAUGCAACGCCAGCAGUACAUUAUCCAAGAGAGCGAUAACAGUCUGUAUGGUCGCUCCACGGUGCGUAUCAAGUCUAUCGUUGUGGGCAAGGAGGAGGAUGACGGGCGCGAGUUUGCAAUGUGUAAGAGACCCCCCAUCGACCCGAAAACCCAAGAUCAAUCCGCUAACACUGUUCUUGCAGAUGUCGUUGAAGUUCAACGCAAUGCUGGCGAACAAAUGCCUGCCGCUUCCUGGGCCGUUGCACGCCGCUACAGCGAAUUCCACGAGCUACACCAAAAGCUACGCAUGAGCUACCCGUCCGUACGACACCUGGAAUUCCCACGCCGACGAAUGGUCAUGAAGCUGCAAAAGGAGUUCCUCCAAAAGCGACGCCUCGCUCUGGAAUCAUAUCUCCAGAAACUUCUCCUCCUCCCCGAAGUCUGCCGCAGCCGCGAUCUCCGAGCAUUCCUCUCCCAGCGCGCCAUCCUCCCCCGCGAAGAAGCCAAUACCCGCGGCACCGAAGGCGAAACCAAAGACCUGGUCACACGAAUCUACAACUCCGUCGCCGACGGCAUGGAUGAUUUCCUGGGUAACUUUGGCGUCCUGGAUCAACUUUCCACCGCAGGACAGAACCUCAUUUCAGCCGCAACCGCCCAAGCAAGCACCAGCGCCGCACACGAUCCCGCCCUCGCCACCGAAGACGCAGUCACAACCGCCGAAGCCGAAGCAGAACUAAACGCCUUCGAAGACCGCGAACUAGAACCCUUCAUCAAACCCAUCUGUGACCUCUUCCUCGAAGCCUUCGAACUCAACCGCGGCAACAACUGGCUCCGCGGCCGCGCCGUCGUCGUCGUCCUCCACCAACUCCUCGGCGGGACCAUAGAGCGCAAAGUCCGCGACAGCGCUCGCUCGCUAUUCCAGGAUGACUCGCUACUACGGUAUCUCAACAUCGCACGCGAUAAUCUCUUUCCUGGCGGUGUCUUGCGUAAAUUCGAGUCCCGGUCUGCACAGGAGAGACUGAAGAGUCGCGCUGAGGCGACUGUCGUUCUUGCGACGCUUAUCCCGGAUUUGGCGGGGAAUGUGGUGGGACGCGCGAAUGCGCAGGCUGCGGCGAGACGUAUCUUUGCGACGCUUAAUACCCGCCCGUUGAAUACGCAUCUGGCUUUUACCGUGUUGGAUGAGAUUGUGCUGGUUUUGUUUGGUGCUAGGGAGAGUGGUCGUUCCCGAUGA